GCCGGACGGAAGUGGGGGGCGGGGCCAGAGGAAGAGCCGAGUUCCGGUGGCUGUGUUACUUUUGCCCCGGUGCCGCCGCCCCUCCAGGGACCCGGUUAGGGUGCUGCGGGAGCCCCUCGAGGAGGCUGGAGGCCAAGCAUGGGGAAAAGCUGUAAGGUGGUCGUGUGUGGCCAGGCAUCUGUGGGCAAAACCUCAAUCCUGGAGCAGCUGCUGUAUGGGAACCAUGUAGUGGGCUCUGAGAUGAUUGAGACGCAGGAGGACAUCUACGUGGGCUCCAUCGAGACGGACCGGGGGGUGCGGGAGCAGGUGCGCUUCUAUGACACGCGGGGGCUCCGUGAUGGGGCCGAGCUGCCCCGACACUGCUUCUCCUGCACCGAUGGCUUUGUCCUGGUCUACAGCACGGACAGCCGGGAGUCCUUCCAGCGCGUGGAGAUGCUCAAGAAGGAGAUUGACAAGUCCAAGGACAAGAAGGAGGUCACCAUCGUGGUCCUCGGCAACAAGUGUGACCUGCAGGAGCAGCGCCGCGUAGACCCGGACGUGGCACAGCACUGGGCCAAGUCGGAGAAGGUGAAACUCUGGGAAGUGUCGGUGGCCGACCGCCGCUCCCUGCUGGAGCCCUUCAUCUACCUGGCCAGCAAGAUGACCCAGCCGCAGAGCAAGUCCGCCUUCCCCCUCAGCCGCAAGAACAAGGGCAGCGGCUCCUUGGACGGCUGAGGAGCUGCCUCGCCGCUCCCCUUCCCAAACCCUGUCCAACUCGGGGGGUUUGGUGGGGGGGCUCUGGAAGUGGGUCUCUGGGGUCAGGGAGGGUCAGGCAGUUCGGCCACGGUCACGGGGUGGUGCUCUCCACCUGGGCAGGCAGCUGGGCUGGCCCAGGCCACCUCUGCUUCGUCCCAGCUCUGGGAAAUGCAGGUAACCCCCACUUCCAUCCCCUCUGACCCUGGUGACCUCUGAAGGGGCCGUCGUGCCUCAGUGUCCCUCCCACCUGCCCUGGGUGGGGAUGUGUAGUGCUGGGUCAGCUUCUGUCCCGGGCUGAUGGCGGAGGGUGGGGGUGGGGGGGCGCACGUCUCUGGGCUUCUGGCUUGUGACACAUUCGAACCCCAUCCUGGAAUGGGGCGUCCAAGGAGGGCAUCUGCGUGCCAGGGCCGGGAGGAGUCCGCCCCGGGGAACUGCUCCCUCGCCUCUCCGCCUUCCUGCUCAGGGAGCCGGGGGGCCUCUUGGCCAUGCCAGCUGUGCUGAGUCACGCGUGACUCCGGGGCCCUGCCUCGCCCUCUCUCGCUUCAGUUUUCUCAUCUGUAAAGCGAUGGGAGUUGCUGAGAUGAUCUCUCAGGACCUCUCCCGCUCUGCGAUUCCACAACGCCAGUGGCUACUGUCUGGCCAGCUCUGAUGGUACUCGCCUUCCCCUUUCAAGGUGCUAUGGCCCCACCCGGCCCUGGCGCCGGGGACGCUGCAUCCCCGUCCCCCGCCACCAGGGGGCAGAAGCACACUGUCUGCUGGUGCCAGAGGGCCGCUGGCUGCCCAUUGGGCCCGCAGCCCAGGACCGUGGACGUCCACCUUUGGCUGCGGUGGUUCUCAGCACGCAGCCGCAGAGAGGUGAGCCAGCUGCCGGGUGGAGGCUGCACCAGGUGCUCCUCUAGCUUUUCCUUUCCUCAGGUGACCCCUCUGUAGUUCUCAGAAAGGCUGGUUACACUCACCCCUCCUCCACGAGGCCAGUACGGGGAGGGGGGGGGAGCUGGACGGGUGACCUGGGGCUGG